AUGGAGCCCACCCAAGCAGAGCAGGAGCUGGUGAUUGGUGAUACAGCCUCCGCCAUUGGGGGCAACGAUAUACGGCAAUGGCUGAACCGCGAGAUCACGCCGUAUCUCCUCAAAGGAAUGAAGCAGCUGGUCAAGGAGAAGGAAGUGGUCGCGGGAGACGAGCUUAAGUGGCUGGGUGAGUACCUUGUUGCUGAGAAUGAGAAGAAAAAGCAGGCCAAGUCUUAG